AUGAUGCCCUAUUAUCUUGCCCUAGGCAUGGAAGGUUCAGCUAAUAAGCUUGGAGUUGGGAUCAUCAGACAGCCAUUGGGAAAUCUCUGUGAGAACAACCGUGCGGAAAUUUUGUCGAAUGUGAGGAACACAUACAAUGCACCACCGGGACAGGGAUUUCUCCCCCGAGAUACGGCUAGACAUCAUAGAAACUGGAUACUGAGAUUGGUUCAAACUGCACUUGAAGAGGCACAUGUUAAUGUGAGUGACUUGGACUGUCUAUGUUUCACGCAAGGUCCAGGUAUGGGAGCACCGUUACAGAGCGUUGUCGUGGCAGCCAGGACGUUAAGUCAGCUCUGGAACAUUCCAUUGGUUGGUGUGAAUCACUGUAUAGGCCAUAUUGAGAUGGGCCGUGAGAUCACGGGAGCUUUGAAUCCGGUUGUUUUGUAUGUGAGUGGUGGAAAUACGCAGAUCAUCGCAUAUUCAAGACAGAGGUACCGGAUAUUCGGAGAGACUUUGGAUAUUGCAAUAGGAAACUGUUUGGAUCGUUUUGCUAGGACUUUACAUAUUCCCAAUGAUCCAUCUCCGGGGUAUAAUAUUGAACAGCUUGCCAAAAAGGGUAAGCAUUUGGUAGAGCUUCCAUAUACGGUGAAGGGAAUGGAUAUUAGUAUGAGCGGGAUCCUUGAAUAUGUGGAUAGUUUGGCUCACGACCUCUUUUCCGGUAAGAAAUCGAAGAAUUUGUACGAUGAAGAGGAUGGAAAGAGGAUUACGGUGGAAGAUUUGUGCUUUUCACUACAAGAAAAUCUGUUUUCCAUGCUUGUGGAAAUAACAGAGAGGGCAAUGGCUCAUGUGAACUCCAACCAAGUGUUGAUAGUAGGUGGUGUGGGGUGUAAUGAGAGAUUACAGGAGAUGAUGGAUACUAUGGCUGCUGAUAGAAAUGGGUCGAUCUUUGCUACAGAUGAGAGGUUUUGCAUUGAUAAUGGUAUCAUGAUUGCCCACGCGGGGCUUCUUGGUUACAGGGUUGGGUAUAGAAAUGAUCUUCAAGAUACCGUAUGCCGGCAGAAGUUCAGGACAGAUGAGGUGUUCGUUAAGUGGAGGGAUUGA